AUGUACCCCGACCUGUACAAGGGGCUGAACUUAAAACCCGAGGACCUAACAGCAUACAAUUCCUCUCUGGUAAGUUUCGAGGGAAAGACCAUUACUCCAAGAAGUCAGAUUAGACUGCCCAUACAAGCCAGAUUGGAUGUGGUGGAGGUGGAUUUCAUUGUAGUUGACGCUUAUUCACCCUACACAGUUAUUGUGGCUAGACCUUGGCUUCAUGCCUUAGGGGCUGUCUCUUCUACCCUGCACCAGAAGGUGAAGUACCCGUUGGAAGGCCAGCAAUCAGCCACGCCGGUAUUGCCUAGUAAUGAGUUAACCGAGGAGGCAAAAUGCAAGGAUCUAGAAAAGGUUGCUGUUGGCAUUGAUCCGAAAAAAUUCUUUCAAGUCGGCUCGAAACUACCUCCCCAAGAGAAAGAAGAGCUAAUUGGGUUUCUUAGAGAAAACGUGGACAUAUUUGUGUGGGAUGCCUACGAGGCCCCAAGGGUUGAUCCAAGCUUUAUCUACCACCAUCUAAAUGUUAGCCCAUCCGUUACUCCCAAGAAGCAACCACCUCAGCACCCGUUGAAAGAGCAUGCUGACGCUAUUAAGGACGAGGUGACGAAGCUUAAGAAAGCAAGGGCUAUCAAGGAAGUUUUUUACCCUGAGUGGUUGGCCAUUACUGUAGUGGUAAAGAAAAAGAGCAGAAAAUGGCGAGUCUGUGUAGACUUCACGGAUCUGAAUAAAGCCUACCCGAUAGAUCUGUUCCCUAUGCCUGGAUAG